AGACGAUGACUGAGGCUCGAGCUCGUACGAAAAAUUCUGAUAAGAACAGGCAGCUAGAAGGUCGGAAAAAGCAAGGGGACUUCAUCUGUAGUCUGUGUGAUGUUUCUGCACCAUACGACUACUUGGGAACAACACCGCCAUAUGCAAAAUCUAUUGUGCUCUUGGAGAAGGCCUAUGUGAUGAAGGACCCGUUUGCUCAGGGGAAGGAGGGGCAUCUGGUCCUGGGGGCCACCUGUUGUCUGUGUGACAGGUGUGUCUGUUUAGGACAGGACUGCAGUCUAUUUUACACCAAGAGAUUCUGCCUACCGUGUGUGCUGCAGAACAUACAGGAAUUUCCAGCAGAGAUCAGAGAGGAAGUGGCUAAGAAAAAACCUUUGGAGAAGCCAAGAUGACACAACAUGUGACAUGUACAGACAAUAGGUGUAAGAGAUUCCGUUUAUAGGCUAGCGUCACAUUUCCAAACCGGGGUGUGCAGGGGUGACUUGGAACAGUCCAAUGUUGCGUGGGAAUGGGUAUGGCUGAAAUAUGCUGUAUUUGCACCCAAGCAAAUGUCGGCCUUUCUAGUUACUUAGGUUGAUAAGGAGUGUGUAGAGAAACCAAGAUGACACAACAUGUGACAUGUACAGACAAUAGGUGUAAGAGAUUCCGUUUAUAGGCUAGCAUGACAUUUCCAAACCGGGGCCCGGCCGGGCUGUUGGUGGUAACAAAAAAUUGAAAAAUGUAUAUAAAUAUACGCAAUGCCCACGACUAUUCUCCUUAUGUCUUGUGUACAAAUGUAGUUUGGUGUCUUUUAUAUCAUACUUUUUGUUCCCGCAAGCUGCCUGGCUGGGCCACGGUUUGGAAAUGUGACAUAUAGGCCUUAAUCAUGUGCAAGUACAGGUUUACAUUGUGUACGAGAGUUGUACAAUACACUUAUUUUUCUAUGGAAUACACUAGGUUUGUAUUCAGAAUUCGAAUAUGCAGAAGAAAGUGUUUUCAAAAUAAUGCAUAAAGUCAAACCUGUCUAUAGCGGCCACCGAACAAAUUUGGCCACUAUAGACAGGUGGCCUCUGUAUAGAGGUGGUAACUUGUAGAUAAAACACCCAAGGGACAGACAAAAAGUGGCCACUAUGGACAUGUGGCCCCUCUGUAGAGGUGGCCCCUAAUACAGGUUUGACUUUAUCUUUAUUGAUAAUGUAAAACAGUAAAGUGAUUAAAAACAACUAUCUGACUUGUGAGAACAUCCUUUAUUUAUCUCACAAUAUAUAAGGACAUUUAGUAACUAGUUCGUCAAGAUGAUAAUGAGUAACUUUUACAAGACCUUUUUUACAACAACAAAAAUGCCUACUAAAUUCACAGUCAUGAUGAAGCUGUACUGGAAGUAUUGUGUUGACCCCUGCCCUACAUGUACAUACUAUGUACCUCGGAAGUACACUAGAUCAGUCCUGUUCUUGUUUCUUAGCACCACACAAGACAUAAUGUAUACCAUUACUGCAAACGACGGUGGAAACACUGGAAAGACUACCAGUGUUUAAUCUCCAAGCAUAUCCUAUGGUAGCAUAAGAUAGUUACUGUAUCAAAAGCUGCAUGGCAGAGGAGUGAAGCCAGCCUAGGAGUGUGUAUGCGACCGGUGCCCGUCUGACUCCCUUUGGCCGACCAUACUCCUUGGCCAGCUUUGAUACUAUAUCUUAUGGCACUGUAGGAUCUGCUUGGAGACAUUGAACUUGUAUUUGACUGCUGGAGACUAGCAAAGCUCUUAAACAACUUUUAAGUCAGUCUUGAAUACUGCCUCAGUAUGCACAUUGUGUAUCAAACAACAUAAUUGUAAAGCCUAGGGAAAAAUUGUGUUUCCAGUUAGGGUAUAGUAGGGACUCACUCAAUUUUACAGGUUUUGAAGCCAACAUGCAUAUACAGUUGUAAAACUGAAAUGUAUUUAGGGAAUUUUAUGAACAUGUUCAACUUGUAGUUACACAGAAUAUACAUGUGUACGAGCACAAGUGUAUUUUUCCAUGCCUGUUUUGAAUUUCACCUGCAAUAGAAAAUUUUGUGUCCCUUGUAGCUCUUGACCCCCCAAAAAGGGUAGGGUAAUUUGGUUACCAGAAACCCUUUUUUCCCUCAAGCCUAUAUGCAUAAAAUUGCUGGUAUAUGUACAACACAUGCAAACACAUACAUGUACAUACAUUAUGAAUAUUAUUUUAAUACAUUGAAUUUCUUUUGCAGUUCUAAAUCGGUCCAUAUCACAGUAAUGUAGAUUAAUGUGUUAGCAUUUCGAGAUUUUUUUUCGUUACAAUACCACUCUAUUACAUUAUAUGUAGCACUGUUGGUCAUUUGCACCUACAAAAUAUAUUACAGGGAAAAAGUAGUGGAACUUAAGUGGUCUUUUCUGGACCAUUUUGAAAAGGAGGCUAGUUAAUGUACAUAAAGUUUACAGCAAUGGCCUGACACACAGCUAUAUUAGCCAUAAUUAAUAAGCCAUAAGUGGUGAAGAGUUCACAGUGAAAACUCUUCACCACUCGUACCACCACCGCAAGCAUUGACAUAAUGUCAAAUUUGAAUAUUUGUGCCGUUCUGUUUAUUAUGUUUGCAAUGUCUCGAAAUACAUCAGUCUCUACUGCCGAAAAGAAUGUAUACUCAUGAAUUUAUACAUGUGAAAUUGAAGAAAAUAUUGAUCAAAAUUUGUACAAUCCAUGUACAAAGAACCAAAUGCAAUCACACACCCAUACACAAAGAAAAAACAGUACUAAAGAAAAAUACAGUAUAAGAUAACUGAUCUUAUAAUGAUAAGGAAGCAAACAUUUAGGUGGGCGCUACAAAUAUUAUUGUACACUAGUGUGGACAAGAACAAUGUACAUGUUUUGGGUAUGGGAAAUUGCCCCUUGUUUUUUGUAGCACCACACUGUUGGACACACUGUUGGACAACUUACAUACAUUACAUUAGAAAUUUCACAUGCACCGAUAUUUCCCACACAUUGCACAAUUAGACUGUGCCAGACUAUGUCUAAAAAUAUGAUACUGAGCUUGGGUCUGGGUAUUUCUGAUGCAGAUAAUAGACAAGUGUACAACUACCUUUCAAGCACACAUGCCCCUUGUGGUACAAGGGGCCAUAUGGAUGGCAUCUAUGUGUGCAUCGAUUUUCAUUCGUUU